AUGGUGAUGGAGAAAAAAGAAAAGGAAGAAGAAGAACUCUUUUGCACCUUUCACCCAAAAAUAAAGAGAAAAGCAAAAAAAUUCCAUCAAUUCAUCGGAUGGUUGGCAAUAAAUGAAUUUAAGAUGGGUAAACGGUAUGGUAAAAGAGGUUGUAAGUUAUGCGAAACUUUCAGACUGGGUAUCAUAAGAGGGAAGACUAGCUUUGAAGAAGAAUUACUGAUUCUCAUUCUUGCUCUAGCAAGAAGAUUCCAAUUAAAAGAAAAAUAA